UUACUGGGCUGUGUUUGCACUCUUUCCUCCACCCUCCCCAUCUUUCCAGCUUGUUCCCAUACGCAAUGGGAUAAACGCCAGAUGCUACAUUCUCAAAGGUGGCACUGUGCCCUUCAGACUGAGCUAGUGGCAUGCUGCAUUGUGGGGUUCGUUUCAUGCACCGGAGGGUAUUAACCCUCUGGAGCCCCCAAGUGACAACCCAGAAAUCCUCAUCUUCCAAGACAAUCCCCGAAACCGCUUCAAAGAAACCCCAAUCUUCUUCUAAUUCACUGAACCUGGAUGAUGGGAAGGUUUUCCGCCUCAAGACCAAGUGGGAACUCAGUCGUGGACUGCUGGUCUUCUUUCUCUGUUCUUCUCCAUGGCUGGUGCAGAAAGCACCAAAGCUCCUUUCUUUCACUCGGCAUAUUCUGGGACGUCGUCUCUGGACCUCUGCACUUCGUCUUACUUUGUAUGGGCAGUUUGUGGCUGGCGAGACCCACAAAGAGAUCAAAGAAACACUGCAAAGACUCCAACACUUGGGGGUCCGGCCUCUCCUUGCUGUCCCCAUAGAAGAAGAUGUAGGAGAGGAAAAAGAAGGGGAAGGGUGGUAUGACAAGAAUGCCCACUCCAUGAUUACCUGCCUGGAUCUCUCAGUGGGGGGUGCCCCCAAUCCCAUGAUGCAACUGAAGGUGACAGCCCUGAUGGCAGCUGAACUUUGUAAAACAAUUACCCUCUGUUUACAAAACAAGGAGGGGAUAUCGGACCUCAGCAUUGAAAAAGUCAUGGCUGCCAUGUCAGGACAUGAAGUUGCCUUCAGCUGCUUGUCCCAAGAAGAAAACCAGCAUUUCCAAAAAUCAUUGAGGCGCCUGAAUUCUGUAGCACAGUAUGCUGUAGAAAAAGGAGUCCGGGUUCUGGUAGAUGCAGAAUACACUUAUAUCAAUCCUGCCUUGACAUUAGUCACCAUCGCAAUGAUGGCUACUUGGAACACCCAAAAGCCUUGGAUUUGGAAUACAUAUCAAGCAUAUCUCAAGCCAACGUAG